CCGUGCUGCAUCUUGUUUUUAUAAGGACAUUUAUUUGAUUUACGAUGGCAAAAAGAGAAAGACGACUGGAAAACGCACCUCAUCUGUUUGCACAAAUGUAAUGCUUGUAAAUUCAGUUUGUGACUGGUGCUGAAACCGAGGCUGCAACGUCAUGCAAAAACUCAAAACCUCACCCAGAUAGGAGAGAUCGAGAGAGCAGGGCGAGAGGCGCAAACAGAUUGGAGCGGCGGAGAGGACGAAACUCUGUGUUGACGUUGAUAACUGAAGUGCUGCAUGAUGCGUGAAUACAAGUUAGUAGUCCUUGGUUCAGGAGGUGUUGGCAAAUCUGCUCUGACUGUACAGUUUGUCCAAGGAAUUUUUGUUGAAAAAUAUGAUCCCACAAUAGAAGACUCCUACAGAAAGCAAGUUGAAGUAGAUGGACAGCAGUGUAUGCUUGAAAUUCUGGAUACAGCAGGAACGGAACAAUUCACAGCGAUGAGGGACCUGUACAUGAAGAAUGGCCAAGGGUUUGCAUUAGUAUAUUCUAUAACCGCACAGUCCACGUUUAAUGACCUACAGGACUUGAGAGAACAGAUCCUUCGAGUCAAAGACACUGACGAUGUGCCAAUGAUCCUGGUUGGCAACAAGUGUGAUUUGGAAGACGAGCGAGUGGUGGGCAAGGAACAGGGACAAAACCUGGCCCGACAGUGGAGCAACUGCGCCUUCCUAGAAUCUUCGGCAAAGUCCAAGAUUAAUGUUAAUGAGAUCUUCUAUGACCUGGUUCGACAAAUCAACAGGAAAACCCCAGCACCUGGGAAAGCACGCAAAAAGUCAAAUUGCCAGCUGCUUUAAUACACAGGUGUACUGUAGCUCUGAGCCAGGUCUGAUAAACUGCUGUCUUUUGCAGCAGUGCCAGCAUUCCAACUUUACUAAACCUAACAUCGAAUGGACUUUCCUGCGUGGUGAUGCCCUUUAACAAAAAUGGAUUAAAAGCUACUACGUCAGUUUUUGCACAUAGAUAACUGUAAUCACUCUCCAGUAUCGCAAGAAAGAGAUUUUUUUCUUAUAUAUAUUCUAACUGUAUGCAACUGAAAAAGAUCCAGAGCCUACACGCAGUAUUAUUUGCUAACGGAGACGCCCUCCUUCAACCAAUGUUGUAAAUGUAAGAAACUGAUGUAUAACUAUACUGUAUACAUUGCCCGCAUUUGCGUUGGCAGGUAUAACGAUGUAAUAUUUAUAAGCACCACUAUUUUAGCAAAAGAAAGAGAAAGUCCAAAGAGCUCCCAUAUAACCUAUUUCAUACAGUUAACUUUGCUCCUUUGGUAUUUUGUAUCUUUUUUUUCCCUUGUAUUUUCUUCUAUUUUUUUUUCUUUUUUUUUUAAAGAUUUACUAGAUUGUUUGGUUCUACCAAAAUGCUUUAUUGCAACAGCUAUUAAUAUGAUUUUAUCUUAGGAAAACCUGUGGAAGCAGUGAUUUCUGUGUAUGGAAAAAAUAUCUAAUGGUUUUCUGUCUCUAUUACAUUGUCUUUAGCCUAAGAUGUUGCCUUCAAAUAUCUGUUAGUUUUCAGGAGAAACCAACUGAAACCAUGUCAACCUUUUAUUCUGUGUAUGUUUGUUUACAUAGGGAACAAUGUUAAUAGAUGUUUGUACAGUGGGGAUCUACAACAGGAAGACUAUAUUUUAAAAUGAGGGUUUUUUUUUAAGGAAAUAAAAAUGACCGUUUCAUUUGUUAGUCAUUCUUCAUGCUUCUGCCCCUGUAGAUUCUCACUGUAUUCCCCUUGCUUGCUCAUGCAUAUGUUGUAAUUGAGGAAAAAAAAACAACCAAAUAUUAAAUCCCGUUAGUAAAUUGCCUGUUAGUGAUUGUUUUCACCUGUGUAAUAUUUGGGUUGAGAUGUUUCUUGGUGGACAAGUACUGUGGAUGUCAGUAGUGAAUGUGGGAACUAAUUUUAAUCAAGUGUAAUUGGUUACAGGGCGCAAGUUGCAAUGCGUAACUUUUGCUGAUUUAUUUAAGAAUGCCUUGUUGCUUUGUAUGCAUUAACUCCUGGAUGUAAAGAUCAUGUGUAUAUGUCCAAUACAAGAGCCACAGUAUUUGUAAUGCAACAUCUGCUUUGGGGUGGCCAAAUGUAAACUAAAAAGCCUUAAUUAAAGUGGUGCAAUUUUGUAUAACCUAGCAUCUGUAGUUCAAUAAAUUGGAUUGCCAUGCAAGGGCUUGCAGUAAAGAUGAUCUGCCACUUGAAUGUUUUGUGUAUUGUUUUAACAGUGCUAGUAAAUAAAUAUUGGUUUAACUUUU